AUGAAUAAACAAUUAAAUAAGCGGUUUCCUUGCGAAGAAUGCCGAGAGCAGAAGCGAAAAUGCGAUUGCAAGCAACCAUGCGACAGAUGCGAACGGUUCAAUUUAAAGUGUGUGUACCUGAAAGGGUUCUCGCCUCGCGAUCAAGAGUUCAUCCAAAUUGCCAAAGAGAAAGAAAUGCACUGUGAGAUUGAAGCCUUGACGGCCGAGAUUGAGUUGCUACAAAAAGAAAUGGCCAGCUUGCAGUCUGCAACAACCUUUCAACGACAACCAACGCCACCUUUAUCCCAUGAAGACAACGACUCGCAUAGUCAUAGCAACAAAUGGACACCACGGGCAAGGACCCCGAGUGCGGCUUAUCCCGCUACACCCGAAUCGAUGGAGACGACGGAUGAUUCAUCAUCGAUCAUGACAACUCUAUCACGCAGCACCAAACGACAACGAGUGAUCGCGCAGGAUGGAUCCAUGUCAGUGGUCUUAUCACAGCAACAGAAUCAUCAACAACGACGACCUUGGAUAUUGACUAUCAGGAAUGGCAAGAUGGAGAUUGAAACAUGCGUCAACACCUAUAACGACCUUUUACCACAUCUUCAUGCAAUGACGGGUGCUAUCUAUUCUCAGGAACAUGUCCCUUUCACAUUCCACGCUUACUCGACUUACGGAGCAUUGAUCAAAGCCUUCAACACGAUGAUCCUCAACAAGUACGGCAAAACAACUUGCAGGAGCUGGGUUAAUUCCAUGCGCAUGAUUACACUUUCUUCUUCUUCACCACCAUCACCAACUUUAGACAACCAUACGAUGCCUUGCUCCCAAUCCAUCGCUCGUUUUAUACAACCACUACUCGACGCAUAUUGGAAAUGCAAACAUUAUCAGCAUUUAGCAGUCCACAUACCAACAUUUAUUCGACUCUUUGUGCAUCCCUACGAGAACAACAACAAUAGCCUUACAUCAUCACCAGCAGUCAUGGCAUUGUGUGCAGGCAUUUGCUUGUCGUCAUGUCAACAUACAAGCAGCAUUAUACCGGCUGGAUCCCAUCUUGAAUAUGCACGAUGUUAUUAUGAUCAAGCACGACAAUUGAUAGCCGAUAGAUUUGACGAUCCUUGUUUGGAGACAUUUGCGACCUUUGUAUUCUUGGCAUUGUAUGAAAUGACAAUCGGGCAUGAUUCAACUUCCGCACAUUACACCAACCUUGCUUUGCGUAUGGCCAACAUGCUACGACCUGAAUACACCACUCAAAUAACGAUGAUGAAGGAUGACGUACAAGAAUCGAUUCUAUUUCAUCGGCUACAGACAUUUUUACAGCAAAUACGACUAUUUGAGCUGGCAACAGACUUUGAUAACAAUGAUCGUGAUCAGCGGGAGACUGGAUACGCCCGAUUUUAUGCAGCUUGUCACAAUCCCACUGAUGAGUGGUGGGUUGCAGCGGAUGAUGACAGCAUUCAGGCGCAUGAUUUGAUUGAGAUGCAUCGAUGCCUUCAGAAAUUACGACGUGACAUCUACAACAACAGCCGUGUUACCAUGACAACCGUGCCAAGGGACCUUGCAGAAUUAACAGAGAUGGUUGUUCAGCAACAAAUCAAUCAUGUCAUGGUUCAUUGGUAUACGCAUAUGCUUCCGGAUCGAUUAAAGUUAUCAUUGCCUGUCCUCGAUGCAAUGAACAUCCCAGAUGAUACGUAUAUGAAAACGGUCGAAAAGGAGACAAAGGUCAAGGGCAUUGGUGCUGUACUGGCAGCGUUGGCGUUAUACGAUGAGGGUCUUUUGAUUGCACAAUCGUUUUUGCACAAGCGUCUUCAAGGAUCAACAACACGGUGGGCGCACUUGCAACAAUUUUGGCAAGGUGGAAGAUUGAUCAUGGGUCCUGAAGAACGAAGGAAAGCGGCUGGUACAAAAUGGGCACGCCGCAUCGACAAGUUACUUUCGGUCAAACCAGUGAUUGGAUACAGUGGUACCGAUGAUGAGUUUUUUGCUAUGGUGAUGGGCGCCAUGUUCCCUGAAGAGGAAAGCAAGACAAGUGUGAUCUCUCUGGCGAUUCAAACAGCGAUCAAUGCAGUGCGUUUGUUACGGUUCCUGGAUGCAUCAUCUGAGUGGCGGUGCUUUUUCGAUAUGCGAGUGUUGAUGGAUGUAUGGGUGUUGUUAACCCGAGUUGUCCGAUUUGAACGUUAUUUGGAUGUAGAAGAUCAAGCCAUGUUACCACGGGUACGCAACGAUUUGGAACACUGCUUGACGAUGGUCCGUAAUAAUGCAUCUCGCUCUCUACAUGCGGCAAACCUUAUUGGGAAAAUGGAGGAGGAGUACCGUGAGCUCUUGUUGUAA